UUGGCACAUGCACUACUUGUCCGACUGCAGAAAUGGCGGGUGCUGUGAGGUGGCUGUUCGUUGCGGCGUUGUUUAUUAUAUCUGUUUGUUCAAUAUUUGGACAAAUACCGCUGAAAAGAUUUGAAUACAAAUACAGUUUCAAACCUCCGUACCUGGCUCAAAGAGAUGGAAGUGUUCCUUUCUGGGAGUAUGGUGGAAAUGCUAUUGCAAGUUCAGAAAAUGUCAGGAUCGCACCGUCUCUGAAGAGCCAAAAAGGAGCUAUAUGGACAAAGUCGAAGACAAACUUUGAUUGGUGGGAGGUGGACAUAAUAUUCCGUGUCACUGGUCGUGGCAGGAUAGGAGCUGAUGGCUUAGCGUUUUGGUACACCGAUAACAAAGGCGCCUACGAUGGCACAGUUUUUGGAAGCUCUGACAAAUGGCAAGGCCUGGGGAUUUUCUUUGACUCUUUUGACAACGAUAACAAACACAACAACCCUUACAUCAUGGCCGUUUUGAAUGAUGGUACAAAGGAGUUUGAUCAUCAGAACGAUGGUGCAACUCAGUCUCUCGCGGGCUGCUUGCGAGAUUUUCGUAACAAGCCAUUCCCAACGAGGGCAAAAAUAGAAUACUUUAAGAACACGCUGACAGUGCUGUUCCACAAUGGCAUGACCAAUAACGAGCAAGAUUUCGAGGUUUGUUUGCGCAUGGACAACGUGGUCCUGCCCAAGAACGGCCACUUCGGUCUCUCGGCUGCUACCGGUGGACUUGCGGACGACCACGACGUUCUGCACUUCCUCACCUGGAGCAUCCACCCCCAGGACCAGGGCGCGCCGCAGGUCGCCGGCCAGGGGGGCCGCAUCAGCGACGAGGAGCAGGCCCGCCUCGCGCAGGAGUACGCCGACUACCAGCGCAAGCUCGACCAGCAGAAGGAGGACUACCGCCGGGACCACCCCGACGCCACGCCCAAGCCCAAGGACGGGGAGUACGACGAGUGGUUCGAGUCGGACGGCCAGCGCGAGCUGCGGCAGAUCUUCACCGGCCAGAGCCAGAUGUUCGACGCGCUGCGGGAGCUGAACCGCAAGCUGGACGAGGUGGUCGGCCGGCAGGAGCGCACCCUGAGCAUGCUGUCGGCGGUGUCGGCCGGCGGGGCUGUCGCGGCAGGAGGUCAGCCCGGGCAGCCCUUGGCCAUAGAUACAAUACGUCGUCAUGAAGUGGAUGCUGUGUUGAAUAACCAAAAUGUUAUUCUCAGCACUGCUCGUGAAAUAAGGACGCUGGUGACGAACGUGAACGCCCAGACGGACGCCAUCAUCCAGACGCAGGCGCGGCAGCCGACGGCGCAGGUGCAGUCGGUGGGGUACGACACGGCAGGGCUGGUGAACGAGAUGCGGGACGGGAUGAACGCCGUGAAGCGGGACGUGGGCGCCGUGCUGCAGAGGCUGGGGCCCGGGGCGGGGGGGGCUGCCCCCCAGCAGGGCGGGUGCCCCCCGCAGGCAGCCUGCCUCUCCACCUCCGUGUUCCUGGUCUUCCUGGCCGUCCAGCUCGUCAUCAUGCUCGCGUACUCCCUCUACAAGGAAAACAAAGAAGCACAAGCGAAGAAAUUCUACUGACCAAGGAGCACUUGAAAUAAAACUAUUUUAGAACAAAAGGUGGUUUAUAACUGGUGGAGACGUCGAAUGUUCUGAAAAUGCAUUUUUCAAAGAUACAUGCAGUGUAAUUGCACAAGUGGAUUUCUCCAGAGGAUGUGUUCAUGUUAUAAUCAAAUAGUCAACACCUGUCAAACAGUGACGUCGAGGCGGCUGGGUUUUCCUUGGUCACUGAAAACGAGACAAUAACGGACAUUAUUUACUGCAAGCGAAAAGACUGGUGAGAAGCUAUCAUUCUGAGAUGCAUGCCUAGCUGGUGUCUUUUUGAUUGGGACCACGGUGAAAUAGGUUGUUUUCGCGGUUUCACAUUUUUGUUGAUUGUGAUUCAUGAUUAUGUUGUGGGUUAUGUGAGGAGAUACUUUUAUUACCUAAUCUAAAGUAUGCAGAUUUUGAAUAGUGAGAACAAUUUUUGAUUAAAAUUGGUAAUCUUGCUUGAGGUUCGGUCUUACACAUUGCGGGUUCCAUUUUCUUGUCAUUACCAUUAAUGAAGGGCUCUCCCUGUAAAUUUAUUCUGAUAGCUCUCUUGGAUUAGUUUUUCAGUCAUAAAUUUUCUCCCAAAUACGUACUAAAUAUUACAGUAAAUCCCUGUUCCGAUGUUUCUGUAGGUAUUAGAAAUUUAAACUUUUUAACAGAGAAAUUUUAUUCAAAAGGAAAAAUGUAUGUAUUUAUGAGCCCAGUGCUGAUCCUUUUUAAGUUGCUGUGCUGGAUAUUUUCUUAAGAGGGAUUUACUAUAUAUUUUCAAGUGUAAAAUGUUGUGCAAGUAAUUAUAAUUGUGAAUAUUUGUGUAACCUUAAUAUUUAGUAAAUAUCUGUUGAAAAACUUUUAGACAAAAACAUGAAAUGCAAGAGAGCUGGGUGUAUUGUUAAAUUUACAGGAAAAGCAUUUGAAUAAAGUUAUUAACAAGAAAAUGGAAUAACUAACGUGUUGUUUGACCAAGCAUGUUUCAGUGCAGAAAAACUACAGCAUAUCAUCUAGUGCUUGAGUUGUGGGUACGAAUGGUUUGGUGCAGACUAUAUUAAUCUAGUUUUGGGUGUAACUGUCUCUGAAAUGUUUCAUAACUUUUCUCUCGUGAUGGUUAAAAUCUCUGCAUUUGGUUAAUUUCCACUCAAAAUUUCAUAGCCCAGUGCUUUUUUCCUCCCUAAAUGUGCUAGAGUUUUGAGAAGCAGAAGGUUGUCACUCAUACUCGCUAAUUGAUUAACGUUGUUGAAAUGUUUUGUUGAUGUCACGGAUAGUUAAAUCAAUAUUGGUUUUAAUGGGUAGCUGGUCUUAAGUAAUGAAAAAAAUGUUUCCUUUAAUUAUUUUUUUAGGUGCAUUUGGGUGGUGUAGAAUUUUUGUUGUAUGUUGCUGACUUAAGCUACUUUUAAUACGUUGAUAAUAUUUUUAUUUUUUUAUGUUUGGUUGACUAUUCUCAAUGCAUAUGUAUGGAUAGUAAAUACUAUACAAAUUGUGGAGAGCAUUAACUAUGUAUUCUUCUGUUGUGAUAAAUACUGUAAUCAGGAAACUGCUAGUAUGAAGAGUGUUGCAUAUUGCGUAUUACCAGAAGUUCUCAUCAUUCCUAAUGAAAUCAAUACUUCCAAGUUCUGUGGGUGUGGAUUUUUAGUGUAAUUGCACAUGUGAUGCAGUAAAAUUUUGUGUUUUGAUUUUAAUUCCCGGCAUGACUCCUUUAUUUACAAUCACCAAAUGGGAGGUUAUUUUGUAUCCACUUUCAUUAAAGAAAGUCCCACAUAUGUAACUACAGACACUUUGCCACAGAGCUGAACUUAUCAUCCUCUGUGUUGUGAAUCAAAACAAAUUCAGUGGUUUUCAUGAACUGUCGUUUCUUUCAUGAGUUUUGAAAUACCUUUGUCAUUACUGUAUUGCACUGUGCUGUAGCAUUUAUGUUUUUAUGACUUUUUAUUUAAAUAUUAUACAAAUUUAUUGUAAAAAUCAUCUCAAAAAGUUAUACUAUUACAGCUUGAAAAUGUGCUUAGAAAAAAAAUUACAUAAUAAGUUUCAGGCCUUAAUAAUAAAUACUGAAAAGCAAUAAAUGCAAGAGCACACGGACACAUUACAAACGUUAAACUAUUAUUUUUUACUUCAGUUAUGUGUUUUAUAAAACAAGUGGAAUGCAGCUUUUCUGAGAACAAUAUUCGCAGUUCAACUUUGCAAAUGUUUCAUUUGCUUCGCAUCAAAAAAUUAGCAUUUACACUGGCCUACCUUCAUGUGUUAAAGUUUGUUAAAUGAGAAUGAUUGUUUACACCUCUCAGCAAGCUAACAGCGCACAAAUAUUAAGAAGUUGUUGGUGGGGUCUAGCUACUAAUAGGAAUGUGCCGGGUAAAGGGAGGGACCGAGGUUUAAGGGUGUUUGAUCGCAACCCUCUCCUGCACGACUGGGGUAUCGAUUUUCGACAAACCUAGUCAAUUGACCAAUUGUUUCAGAUCCCACCACAGUCCCGAAGGCCCUUACGUCUUGAGCCUCACUGUGCCUUACGGUAUCAUGCUAAAUCCUUCAACCUUUGCCGUUCUACUGCUUCAGAAAGUUUAUUCUUGCUGUGUUUCUUCCUUCCCUCUUCUUUUUCCUUCAUCUGGUUACAGGGUACGCUUACCUUUAAUUGUAGUUAGUAUUUUCCACAAUGUCUGGUGUCUGCCGCUUUUCAGAAAACUGCAUUGAUUUAGUUCUGCGUAGAAUUUUCAAAACCUAUAUUCUAAAAAAAAAUGGUAGGGAGUAUUAGAUUCAAAAUAAUUGUUUGCCCUCCCCAAGAAAUUCAAUUUUCAAACUGCUGCUGCCUCUAGAAAGAUGGAACUGCUUGUUUUCGGUUACUCGUGUUCUAGCGUUUUCUGGCGGUGGGAGUUGUAACUAAUAACUUAGCUUUUGUGUACCAUAAGGAUAUGUUGAUGAUUUGCAAGCAUAAAUGUAGCACAGAAUGCCGUGGCAAAAUCCUGGGCAUCUCAUCGGCUUCCCUGCUGUCACUAUUGUUAUAAUUUAUGCACGUUGAGAAAAUUGCCUUUUUUUUUAAAUUGCUUAUGGUCGUUGGAAAUAAAAUCGUUUCUGGGUAACACAAUGGCUGUUUAAAUAUUCACUGAGAUUCUACCUACUAAAUUAAUAUUUCCUCAACUUUGUGCCAUUGAGUUUAUAUUUUAGUUCUAGUAAUGAUAUGAACUAGUUUUUACUCAUUAGGCACCCUUCCUAGCAGUACACAAUUUGAUCACACACUGGAAACAAAAAGCAAGAUGUUCUUUUUCUCUUUCAUAAUGGCAGCAGGGAAGCCAUCAGUUGAGCAGAAAAAAAAAGUGUUGCAUUAAAAGUCUCGAUUCUGUCUGUAGCGUCAAAGUGAUUCAGGUGACUUGGUCACUUAAAUUAUUUUAAUGAAUUUUCCUAUGUAAUGCAGUGAAAUGUUUUGCCUGGUACCGUAUUGUUUUUUUAAAACAAAAUUUGCAAUGUGCAAUAUAUUUUGAAACUUAAAAUUUUUCUGUGUUGAGUUUUAUGUAUGACUGAAAAGGUCUGCUUUAGUGCAAAUAUUAUUUUUCUGUUUCUGUUAGCUGAAGUUGUGAAAAAUGUUUGUUUACAUAUUACAUUGCUUGUGUUGCUUUGAGCAAGCACGUCAGCCAUCUAACGGAUUAUGAAAAUGCAGCUUAAAGGCAGGACGUUUUCGUGGGGUGAGUAGUACAACUAGGUAAGAACAAAAUUGGUUAAAUAUUGAUUGUUAAAUGCACACUAAAGUUCCAGUAGGCUUGGUUUAUAAUAUGCUAUGACUGGAUAACUGUUGUAAACCAUACCUAUGUGCUGCUUAUAAAUUUUAUAAAAUAGAUAAUUUUUUCAUUCUAUUAUUUAUUCUGCAUUUUAUUUCUUUUAAACGGCAGAAUUUUUAGUUGCCCAGUUGUAAUCAGCCCCCGAUGUGGAAUAGUAGUGUGUGUUUAUUUGGUGAAUUGUUCAGCUUUUCUGUCAACUUGUAGGUUUCUCCUUGUAUUCCAAAAUAGUGUUCAUGAUUUUUGUUGUUGAAUCGGUGAUAAUAGAGAUCUUCCAUAUUUUGUAAAACAUUCUUUCCUGUACUGAUGUGCUUUUAAAGAGUUAAUCAUUCCAAGUCAUUUGUAGUAAACAAACUGUGUAAUUGUGGGAAAUUAACUUAUGUUGAUAUGUGGCACUUAAUUUUAUGUUCAGUUGUAUAGUUUUUAUGUAUAAAAAAAAAUAUUGUCCAAUUUUUUAUUUAUUUCAAGCAAAUUCCUGGUUGGUCAUUAUUUGUUCAUAUAAUGUUAUUUAUUUAAACAUUUCCUCUAUAAACUAGUUGAAUUUUAAAGACUGUCCUUUUCAUCUUCCUCUGGCCGUUUUCAGUCUGUGACCAAUAGGGCUUCACAACUGCCUUUUUCCUCUGUCCUUCGUCGGUCUUGUUCUUUCUUUCCCAAUUUUGGCCUCUGCUCUUCGCACACUCAUUCACUUGCUUCUCAAUGUCUCUUCUUUGAUUUGCUUUGCAACCUUCUAUCACUAAUAGACUGCCAGACAGUGCUCAGAACUUUAGGUGUCAAUGUACCAUGGAAAAAAAAAAUAGUUUGAGAUCUCAAAGUAGUUUAUGUUUACGAAUGUCUGUUUCAGAAUGCUAGUAUAUUCCUUGAGUUUUUCUAAAGUUUAUCUUGUGGAGAAUGAAACAGGUGUUUUCUCAAUUGGGGUUAAGACAUCAUGUUUCUGGUGGGAAAAAAAAAAAUUUUAAUAACAGAAGGGCAAGCAUCAUACCUUUAUCUUUGUUGCUACACCAUAAAGUAUGUUUACUUCACUACUGAAGUCUUGCUUAUUUCAGUUUGUUUUGUGUAGAAGUGAUAUAGGGUGUGUUACAGCAGCCAGUUUAGUCCUUGAUGUUUCUUUGUUUUGAGACUUUGAGAUUGAAAAUUAUCACUGGCCAAAUGAAAAAGAAAAAAAAAAUUUGUUAUGUAUACAAUCCCAACUGUUUGUGAAAAAUGUAAAAGUGAAGUAAACCAUGAACUGAAAAUUCAUCCCUGAUAACCAGGAAUUUGCUCUUGAUAACUUGUAUCAAAAGUAAUUUCAGAUUUAUAUUUGUUAUAGUUUCAGAACUGUAUGACUGCUCUUGUUGAUAAUUUGUUCUAAUAAAAUGUUUUGUGUAAA